AUGUUCGCACUUCGGAUCCUCUCAUUAAUCUUUGGGCUGUCAUCCUUGCUGCAUGCUAUUGCUUUCGAUAACAGUCGCUUUGACAAUGAUAAUGCCAUUGACGUAUUCCCUAUUGCAUUUUUGAACGUUUUCUUCGGGACCGGGGGUGUUCCUUCGAUCAACCUUGCGAACACGUGUAAUCCAACUGACAAUGCAACAUUCCCUGGAACAGAGCUUCCUAACUGCUCAUCUCUUGCUCCAGAUAUCGCCGCCUGUCAAGCAAAAGGCAAAAUAGUUACUAUCAGUUUGGGCGGAGCCACAGGUGCCGUGGGCUUCCAAUCAGAUGACCAGGCCACCAGUUUUGCCCAAACCAUCUGGGAUUUGUUCUUGGGGGGAACCUCUCAGACUCGACCCUUCGGGAAUGCUGUUCUAGAUGGUAUCGAUCUUGAUAUUGAGGGUGGUGGGUCUGAUCAUUAUAGCGUUUUUGUCAAUAAAAUUCGCUCCCUUGCGUCUGGUGCAUCAAAACAAUAUUAUGUUACUGCUGCGCCUCAAUGCGUUUUCCCAGAUGCAGCUCUGGGUGGGGUCCUCAAUGCAGCAAGCUUUGAUGCAGUUUAUGAUUUUACAACAACUAUUGUGGCCUACAAUCAUUUGGACAAGCAGCGAACUGGAAUUUCGGAAUCUGGUUUGUCCUUAAGAUACCCGAAUAAGAAUGUCAAGGUCUACAUUGGAGCGCCAGCAUCUAGUUCAGCUGCAGGCUCAGGAUAUGUCCCCAUCGGCACUCUGGGUAAUAUUGCAGUUCAAAUGCGUCAAAGCUUCCCUUCCUUCGGAGGUGUGAUGCUAUGGGAUGCAUCUCAGGCAUAUGCCAACGGGAGAUACGAUCUCGCAAUCAAAAACGCUCUAUCGGCCACUGGGGGCACCGGUUUUACAUUCCCGGCAUGUAGCGCCCCCGCAUACGUUGCAGGUACUAAUUAUGCUGGAGGCGCUGAAGUUUCCUUUGGAGGGUAUGUUGAACGAGUUUACCACAUUGAACGUAAUGCUAACCAUUAUAUGAAGGCUAAAUGGUCCGCGUCGUCUCAACCAUCCAAUGAUCCAAGUGGCGAAUGGAGUGCAAUAAGUGCAUGUGGUGGAUCCUCCAUUCCACCCUCAUCGUCCACUACAACCGCAAAACCAACAUCAAGUACCACUACGAAGCCUACAUCGACUUCAUCUGUCCCAACUACCACCAGUAAAUCGACGUCUCCGACUACCACGGCGAAGCCAACGACUUCCCCUUCCCCUGGAGGGCAAUGUGCGGGCAUUCCAGCUUGGUCCAGUACGGUACCAUACGUGGGCGGUUCUCAAGUGACCUAUAGUUCUCAUUUAUGGACAGCGAAAUGGUGGUCUGAAGCAGACGUUCCGGGAGGUUCUGCCGGUGAUUGGACCGACAACGGCCCGUGUGGGUCAUCCCUCCAAGCCGCGGCGACUUCAUCCGCGCAGGAUUCAGCUCCAUCUUCAGAUGCAGAGGGUUUACCUAUCGUCAAGUCUCUUAGAAAUCAGGUACUACGUGAAUGGACGCCUCGACGUGCUUCGACGUGCUUCGACCCGCGAACAUCAACGUACUGGGGUCAAGACUCGGCAGGCCAUCAACAACGGCUUGGUUUCUACUGCGACGAUGAUUCCAUUGAUGUUUUCCCAUUGGCUUUCCUCUAUGUAUUUUUUGGGAAAGGGGGCCAACCAGUUAUCGAUUUUGCGAACAUUUGUAGCCAAGGGUCAGGCAACUUCCCAGGCACGGACCUGGCAGAUUGCUCCUUCAUGGCAGCCGACAUCCAGAAAUGCCAGGCGAAGGGUAAAAUUGUGACAUUGAGUCUCGGCGGAGCGACUGCGAACGUGGGAUUCAACAGUGAUGCGCAGGCUGCUGGUUUCGCGGAAACGAUAUGGAACAUGUUCUUGGAUGGUGGAAUCCGGCCAUUCGGGAGUGCAGUGCUUGAUGGAGUCGACUUGGACAUAGAAAACGGAUCGGCCGCUCAUUAUAAUACUUUCGUUAAUACACUCCGAUCAUUGUCUAAAAAUGCGAAAAAAAGAUACUAUGUUACUGCAGCGCCUCAAUGUCCAUUCCCUGAUGCAAAGGUAGGCCAGGCUUUGAAUAGCGCAUUCUUCGAUGCUGUUUAUGUCCAAUUCUACAACAAUUUUUGCGAGACAUCAGUUCCAUCUGAGUUCAACUUUGCUACAUGGGAUAAUUGGGCAAAGACACAGUCUCCCAACAAGGAUGUCAAGGUUUAUUUAGGCGCCCCUGCCUCUGCAGAUUCUGCUGGCAACGGCUUUGUUUCCAGUCAGACGCUCAUCAACGUGGCCAAACAAGCACAGAAAAAGUACUCAUCUUUUGGAGGUAUAAUGCUUUGGGAUGCAGAUUCUGCUUACACUAAUAACAAGUAUCAUGUCACUGUCAAACAAGCUAUUUUCAAUGGCAUAACCGGGCCACCGCCUAAUACCUCGCCACAAAAUCCUGCUCCCACAUCGACUCCCAUUGGGACUGUCUCUCCUACCCGGACUGCCACGCCUACCUUUGUUCCGCCUCAUACUCCAUUAUCGAGCAAAUCUUUGGCUAGUACUCAGCCGACCGCCAGUGAGACGCCGAUUCCGGAUCCACGAGUAAAAGGCCGUGUAAGACCUCGACCGAUGGACAUCGAUGCAAGAGCACCUCUUCCGAUCGCAACCGGGAAGCCAACUCCUAGAAGGAGUUCACGACUCUUCAAGCCAUAA